AGCACUACAAAUUAUUAAAAAUAAACAAAGUAAACCAUGGCAGCUGAUGAAAUUGUCAAUGAAUCAAUGGAUGUUGAUGAAGUUCCAUCAACAAGUAAUGAAAAAACAACAAAAGUUGGUAAAAAUUCAACUCUACCAUGGAUUGAAAAAUAUCGUCCUCAAGUAUUUUCUGAUAUUGUUGGUAAUGAGGAUACAGUUGCAAGAUUAGCAAUAUUUGCUCAACAUGGUAAUGCACCAAAUAUUAUUAUUGCUGGUCCACCAGGAGUUGGAAAAACAACAACAAUUCUUUGUCUUGCAAGAAUAUUACUUGGUCCAGCAUUUAAAGAUACUGUAUUAGAAUUAAAUGCAUCAAAUGAUCGUGGUAUUGAUGUUGUUAGAAAUAAAAUUAAAUUAUUUGCACAAAAAAAAGUAAAUUUACCACAAGGUAAACACAAGAUUAUUAUUCUUGAUGAAGCUGAUAGUAUGACAGAAGGUGCACAACAAGCACUAAGACGUACAAUGGAAAUUUACAGUAAUACAACACGUUUUGCACUUGCUUGUAAUAACAGUGAAAAAAUCAUUGAACCAAUACAAUCAAGAUGUGCCAUGUUAAGAUAUGGAAAACUAUCUGAUGCUCAAGUUUUAGCUAAAAUCAUUGAUGUUUGUGCUAAAGAAAAUGUUUCUUAUACUGAUGAUGGUCUAGAAGCAAUUAUUUUUACAGCUCAAGGUGACAUGAGACAAGCAUUAAAUAAUUUACAAUCAACUUGUAAUGGAUUUGGUCAUGUUAACAGUGAAAAUGUAUUUAAAGUAUGUGAUGAACCACAUCCAUUGUUGAUCAAAGAAAUGCUUGAAUUUUGUACACAAGGUGACAUAUCAAAAGCAUAUGGAAGUUUACAACAUUUAUGGAAAAUGGGAUAUUCAUCUGAUGAUUUAAUUAGUAACAUAUUUAGAGUAUGUAAAAAUUUAAAUAUUGAUGAAGAUAAAAAAUUGGAAUACAUCAAGGAAAUUGGAGUAACUCAUCUUGGUAUUGUCAAUGGAAAUACAAGUUUACUUCAAUUAAACAGUCUCUUGGCUCGACUCUGUCGUUUAUCAUUAAAAAAAUAA